GGGUGCAAAGGCAGCCCUGCCGGUUAUAAUUUAAAUUCAAACGCUUCUCGAAGAGAACAACGACGAUCCGAGGCCAAAUCCUUCUCCUGGAAACAUCAUCUUCAUUAGCCUUUUUGAUGUUAGGACGAUGAUAAUUGAUCUUCCUGUUCCGAAGGCGCAGCAUGACUUGGACCUUCAUCGAGUAGGUUCCUGGGAGGGAGGAGAUGGAGCUAAUAAUCACCCUUCACGGCCACCGGAGUCGUCUUUGUGUCCUUUUGCAGUGGCCUUUGGAAGUUUUGUUUUUGGUGUAAGGCAAACAGGGCAAGAAGGAGAGCCAUGGCUCAGCUGGAAAACAUCAUUUGCUCCUUACAACGUUCGUCGGGUGACUUCCAAUCGAGAUGGAUCCAUUAUUGCAUGCACCACAGAUGCAGGGACUGUGGCCCUCAUGCGUGGCAUUGACGGUUCCGUAUUGGCCACUCGAAGAGUUACAUCAGAAGCCGAAAGCAGCAUUUUGCCGGUAGCUCAUGCAUCCUUCAUCGCCAGCGAUGGAAAUAACCAAAACAACGAUGCCUUGCUGAUUCGAAUUCCUUCGACCAAGCAGCAGACAGACUUUCUCCUGGUUUCCAACAUCAACUCGUCGCGUCUCAACAGCAAGAAUCCUCUGCACGUGGCAGAAGCCGCUCGAAAGAUGGCCAUUCAUAGUUCUUUGAAACUGAACUGUGGAAAAAACUCUAUUGUUUCAGUCUGCGGGGGCUUUCUGGGUGACAGUCGAAUCAGAAUCCUUGCUCUCGAUUCAAAGGAGAAUGUCUUUUGGCAGGACUAUGCUGGUGUCGACACCCCGUUCACGUCAACAAUGGAGCCGGUUUCGUGGAAACCAGAUAAUCGCGUGCGAUCCAUUGACUUGACCAUUGGCCUUCGUGUGCAUGAACUAAACAAAGAUGCAAAAUUCGUCAUGUUCUGUGCUCAGCACGUCGAGGGUGUCUCGGUUUACUUUCUGGAUCAUGCACAGUUGUGUGUCGCAGGCUCUUUCGAUGUUCCAAAUCAAUCCAACAAACCAUACAAAAAGAAAAAUCACACCAAGGUCUUUGCUAUGGAGCCUAUUUCUACUGUCGAGUCUGGUCUUGCUGUAGCAGUUGCUUGCAAGCCUAUCGGCAGCAACGCGGAGGGAGGAACCAUCCAGAUCAUGCAGACAUGCUUCAACGGACAGGAACUGGAAUCUUUUCACCCAGUAUAUACAAUCCCAAUCAACGAAAACAUUACGUUCCUUUCCAUGGCUUCUAUUCAGCUCUACAGCAGUGGACCUUACUCGUUUCUGUUUAGAGUGUGGCACGGCGAAGAUUCAUCCUCUUGCAAGGCAUUCCUGUCGGAAGGGGAUUCUGUAGGGAGGAUUCGGCUGCUCAUCCAAUCGGGCGAGUUUGACAGAGCAGACCAUAUGAUCAACAAUCUCGGAGAGAACGUUCUAGUGUCGGAGAGCUACGCGGAAUUCUCGCCAAGCGAAGUGGCCCUGGGGCGCCUACAACACCUCCUCAAACGAGGCAGUGUUAGCGACAAGGCUGCCAUGAUGCAAGCCAAGCAAUGCUUUCAUCGCUUAUCUUCUGGUUGCAUAUCUGGAAACUUCAAAGCAGGACUUAAUUUAGCCGCAGCUGCCGAGUCUCUUGCCAAAUGGGCUUCUCCAAAAUCAUCCCCGAAUCCUCCGGGCCUCAUGGAAGUCACAACAGCCAUAUCCACGGUCGUGAAAGCGCUCGGCGAAGUCAUCAAGAUACUACCACCCGACAGGCACGAAAUGUUUGAAAGGAAAAAGGAACAGUUGGAAGAUCAGCUACUGACGAUUCGUUAUCUCGCGAAGGCGAAGCCUGACAGAAGCAUUGAUAGAGCUUCUUUUGUUAGGCGCUUUCAAGGGUCAAGAGACCCCGGCCAACUUUUCGCCAAUUUAGUUGCAGAUUCAUGCUUUAGUGCCGCAGAAGGCCUGUGGAACUCCCACCUUCGACCGAAAAUUCAACCCGAGGUUGCAGUCGGGGCUAUCCUGGAGAUACGAACGGAGUCGGACCCCCAGGCAUACUUGGGGCUGUUGGAACACUUGGUUCUUCCAAGUCUGACUAUCGACUAUGAAUUGUUGCCGUCAAUUUGCAAUUGGUGUUGUCAACUAGCCGACGACCUAGACGAAGUUCACAAUUUAGAGAAAGCGAUUGGGCUUCUUCAGUCGAUGGAACGAGCCACCAACAGGCUGCAACUCCAGAUGCAUCGAUCGUUUUCAGCCUAUUCGCCAUUUAUCGAAAGGCCCGCGGCCUCCCGGAAGAGCAAGGUGCUCCUUCUCCGAAACAACACAUCAGCUAGCAAUGCCGACACCAGUUUCAAUUCUGUCAGUAUCGCGACGCCCCAACGAAGAAGUGUCUCCACGCCUGCGACGAGCACCAGCAAGGAAUGUGCUUUUCCAACAGUUUUGGAGUUGGGGAAGAUGAGCAGAGGACCCCUGAAGUCCUCGCAUCUCACUACUAAGGACAUCUCGAGCAAGGCCAACGCUUGUGGAGAAGACUCUACGAAAGAUGUUGUUCAAGUUCGGGAUAAGUUGAUUCACGCAACAUGCCUCUCUGCCGCCAGAAGGUUAGGUUUGGACAACCGCGUAACAAGUCUCAAGUCUUUCGAGGACUUUGGCGGGACACAAAACGUAGCAACUGAGUUGGUCCGGUUCCUGUCAGCGUCAUCCCGUGAUCACGAUUGCCGUUCCGCAGUAUUCCAGGAGAAACUAAAGCCCUUUUGCGAGACCUUUGCGAUCGACUUUGACGAAUCAUUGUUGGAAUAUGUAAAGAGUCUCUGUGCUAGCAAGACUGCCACUCAAGAGUCUGUACAGGAGGCCGCCUCUGUGGCUCAGUGUUGCACGAGCGUUCCCAUAAAGUGCCAAUGCGUGCUCGUUGUGCUCCGUGCUGCUCUACUGGUCAAAUACUCUCCAACAUGGCUAUCUGAUCUGUCGAGGGAGGCCGUAGAGUGGUCGGCACUUGAUUUGGGACUCCGGUCGGAACUGGUCGAAGCAGCGAGGCUCCUUUCAAUUGAGAGCAUUGUAAGGAGCUACUGCGGUGCCGACAGUUGCGAUCUUUUCCGAGUUGACAAUCCCCGCCAUGGCUUGCGUCUUCUUGACUAUGUAACGCAGCAAUUUCGAAGAGAGUCGGUCCUGAAGGAUGCGCUGGAUCUUGCGGACGCUUUCAGUCACUUGAAUCGCUUGGACGCAUGUGUCGCCCUUUGCAGCCAUGCUAUUUACGGCAGUUGUAUCGACCUGUGUUCGGAUAUCCUGGAAAAGCUCUACGAACUGGACCCAGGACUUGCUGACAACACGUGCAUUAGAGUGGUGUCAUUUUGUUGCGAGCUUGUGAACGAAUCUUCGGCAUACUUAUCCUUGAACUUGCCACUGAGCCGUCUCCAGACUCUCAAGAAGAGAGCUUUGAAUGGAAGCUCUGCGGGAUGUGCAAUCAUUCCCAUGAUAUUCGCUCGAUCACAGUCUCUGUCGACACUGACUAGCGUUAGCACACCGAGAGUGGACACCAACAUUCCCAACUUGGAAAACCUCAAACUCGAUUUCCUACGAAUCAACGAAAUGCAGCGCAAUCAUUCAGUUUUUCUAUCUUUUUCGGACCUGCGAAACACAACAAAGCUGUUGAAGGUAGCGGAGACCCUGAUGGUUCCGGUAGUAGAUUCCUACAUAGCCGGCGACUGGAAGACUUGGAAUAUCAAGCUAGGUCGAGCGAAGAGAGCUUGUUCGCUUCUAGCUGCAGCUUCUGAAUGUCGGGAGAGUGAGUUUUGGUCGGCUACUGUUUCAGUUGUAGCCUCCCCUCUCAAAUGGAGCGAUGGACGAUGCCUUGAAUUUCUUCGUGACGUUGGAGUCCUUGCAAGUUUGUCGUCAACCAGUCCAGUGACGGCACGUACGGUGCUGUCGGUUGCCUUUGGUUUCUGCGUGAAAAUGGCGACUGGGGCUCGACCAGACCAUCAGAUGACAUUCAACGAAGAUAUCGGAAGAUCAGUUGCCCUUGUACAAGAUUACUGUCUCGUGUCGUGCCCCAAUGAACUUGUUCUUCAGUCUCAGAGCUUGUUGACUCUUUCGGAAAUGGUUUGGCGUGUGCUUCUCAGAGGCGAUGAAUGUGUUGGUGAAAAUCUUGAGACUUUCAGAAGGGGGCUCUUGGCUCAAUCUUGGUCCCAACAAUUCGAACCCAAUCAGAACCACCAAAGCUCUCUGAGUCCUGGCACCGAUGGGCUCCAUUCACGCUGUCGCGUACCUCCCUUGUACACAACAUGGUACAUUGGAGAUGGGCUUUUGCUGCCCCCAUCCGAAUCGAUCACUCGCAGCUUGAAGUUCUGCAAGGAGAUGAUAAACACUUUGUCAGUUUCCCACAGAAGGAGAUUUGUGCCUUUGACUAGUGGAGGAAUAAGUGAGAUGUCCAAGUUUCUAUCUCAUCGAGGAGCACUGUCGGUAGCUUUGCGCCUUCUCUCCUGCUCCUCCGUUCUCAUCAUGUGUUCUGGCAUGCCGAAUGUUGCGUACUCAUCAAUUGCCAAGAGUAUCCAAGAUGUGGUCGCCGCUUCUGUUGAGCGAUGCCUUGGAGGAACCGGAAGCGGUAUAAUCAGCAAUAUUGUGGACUCCCAGCAGGCAGUAUCGUUCCUGCUGUCGCUCAACAUAAAACUUGCUUUCCAGGCUUUCAAAAACGCGCUUCCAACAGCACUCUCCACUGGCGAUUACUCAAGGGUCAUCUCACUUGCUGGUAUCGGAGUACGAGCCGCUUCAGGUCAAAAUGACAGCUGGCAGAAACAAGUCAAGUUUGUUUCGCAAUGCAAGCAAUAUGUCCAGCGUGCUGUAUGGUGGCGAUUCAUCAAGAAGAACCAUAUUGCCUUCGAUCACAAGAAAUUCGACGAAACCACUGAUUCAAAGGCCUCGCCCUACUCACGAUCCCUGGUUGUACCCUUGAUAGUCAGUUUGCUUUCCACGAUGCAUACAAAUGUCGGCAACAGUCCAGUCAAAGCAACCCUGAACAUCCUCUGGCGAUACGCCGAUACAUUUGGUUUUCCGAGAUCAAUCGUUGUGGAGCUAUACGUUCGGUAUCUCUUGUCGUAUCCCGACGAAACGAGUGCAUCUGGUGACAUUCGAUUCAAUCUCUGUCGGGUGGAGGAGUACGUCAGGGAGCUCUCUUUUCUACUCCAGCCUGGCACAGGUCGGGCAUUGCUCUUCCGAGCCUGCGUGGUGGCACUUGAGAAGGACGAGCGUGCCUCCAAGGAUUAUGGACGUCAUGCACUGGCAUUGGGCUUGUACCGCAAUAUUCUCAUGUCUCUCAGAGAAACGAAUUCGGCAGCUGGCAAGAAGCUUGGCCAACAGAUUCUGGAGGCAGAACUGGAAUCGAUCGAGCGUCGACGCGAUGCUUUGGCAAUUCUAUCCAGCGUAUUCGAGAAAGAGAAGGAACACGAACGACCAUCGUUUCCGUCUUUUUUCUUGCCCUUGCCGCUGGACUUCUCGCAGUACUCGAGAGAUGUGGCUGUCUCAUCUUGUGGGAUCCUUGGCAAUGACAAAAAAUGUGACACCAAUGCAUUUGAUCCUCUUGAACCGCUUAACGGGCUCUUGCUUCGCGCAUAUGAAGUCAACGUUGCGACAGCACUGUCUCCUCUUUGUAUUCCUUUGGGUCUUCCAAGUGGAUAUAUCAAUGCCAGAGUUCUGAUGGAUCAGUUUCGGUUGGCGCUCGAAGAGAACUCUUCGAUGCCAUCUUAUGAUCAUGACGUUCUACCGGUCUUUAGCCGUGUUCAAGCUUCCGCCGACAAGGCUGCGCUUGCGGAAUGGUGCUCGAACUAUUACAGUGACGAUGACGGGGAGCGACUGAAUGUUUUGGAGCUGGCUCUCAAUUGUGCCAUCAAACAUUCCAAUGAAGCCGAGCAGCGCCAACUCAGAUCUUCUCGCACGAACACAGACACAAGUCAUGCGCAGGAAGUGAUGCAAGCGUUGGAACAAGUACAGAGACUAAGCAAGGCCAAAUCAUCAUUAUCAGACAAAAUUGUUGUUGUGGAGGCCCUGAAGAAGGACCACAGCCUCGAUUCCAUUGCCAGUGAACUCUUGCAAACGCUUGAAGAAACUCUAUGGAAGUCAAGCACUGACCUACCGACGUCGGACAGAGUGGUGGAGGUGCUUUUGGCCGAAGCAUCAAGCUUGGCGGCCCGAAAAUGCGUGGAAAGUGUUCCACUGUCCAUGCGACAGUUUCAGCAGUUUUCAUUGCUCGUCAAUACAGCGUGUCAAGCAUUGGCAAGUGAACACUCUCAUAUCCAUGUGGGGGGCAUAGCAUGGGCGAUGGCUCGUAGUUGGCUAAGCCAAGGUGGGUUGGGCAGCAAAACUAUGGAAACCGAUAAGUCUGGUGGUGGUGAGGGUACGAAGAAUGCUCGCCUAGUGAUCAAAUCAUCUCCGAUUGGGGAUGUCCAGGAGGAAGAGGACACCAUCAACUUUGUCAUGGACCUCUCCGCCAUUCAGGAAGACACUCAAAUUUGGUGCGACGAGAUUCCGGCAGCAAAUGCAAAGCCAAACGAUGGCCAAAAUAUUACCGCCGACGAAGAACAAUUUGCGUUGACAAAGACGGAGAGAGAGGAGUCGGAAAUCCAAACGACACGAGCAGCAUUGAGAGUCGCCUUUGUUCUAGCGUGUCAAGACCUGAAAGAUCCCGAUGCAUCAACAGGAGACAACACUCCUCGAUCUCCAAAGACACGACAACUUACCAGAAGUGCGGGGCGACACAAACCUGGCUCAUUACUGGCAAGAAUCGAGCAGGUUGGCGCCAAGCAGAAUCAAUAUGCAUUAGACUGUGCUCGUCACCUUUUGCAAGUGGUCUUCGCAAAGCCAGAAACUCGGUGCGAAUCCAAGCUUGUCACCGAUUCUGAUCGAAAUUUGAGCAAAUCUGUCACGUUUGCCAUGCGUCAUCGAGCCCUCAGGUCGGCUGCGGUUCUGGUACCACAAGAAGCACUCGAACAAGUAGUGGACGAAGAGGGAUACUUGGCACCUGCAGGAGACACUACGAGCUUGUCGCUUGGGAUGUGCGCCUUUGGCGUAUUUAUCGCAAGCGAGUGCGAAACAAUUGGAAUGCCACUGGCCCACAGCGACCUUGGCAAUAUCAGUGCUAUGCAUUUCUCAUCGUAUGCCCGUACCUUGUGGCGUCAUCAUCGUGACGGAGAUUUAAAGGGGUCAAGGGGCCGGCUCUUGCUUCUGUUGCUGGAAAUGAGCCUGAAGGACGAGGACACCAUCGACGCAGCGUUUGUAGAGCUGAUCCUCACGGAAAUGGUGCGAUUGGACUUACAGCGAACUGUGCUUCUAGCUUGCGAGCGGAUUGUUGCUCUGAAGGAUGCAAUCGGGUUUGCGAAGUACGAAGCUAUGGUUGCAGCUUGUGGAAACGCACUCGAUAUCGCCGUGACAACAGCGGCACGAAGCAUCACUGCCGAGUUGAGAAGGGAAGCUCCAUCGCUUUCAAAGUGGGACGAGAAAGCAGCAAACGAUGCAGCUUCCACUAUUUACAGAUGCGGGCAAGUGGUUGCACAUUUUUCCGCCACCGUCCAAGGCCAGAGUCGCCUCGAAGAAUUCUUGAGGGAAGUCAGUGAUGCCAAGAAAGCUGUCAUCGGCAAUGUCGGAAUGGAAGCAGCAUUGGUUGACACCAUCAAUAGCGUUCUUCGUCAUGUGCAUGUGAUCUCCGCCUAGAAUCAAAUCAACUAACAUUGGUUUGCGGUGUAACAUGUACCAGCUUUGAAAGGCUCGUCUAUCCUCUUUGUUAGCUACUACCUGUUCUUACGGUAGUAUAAUGUAUGUAGUGUCAAGCACAAGCAUCCUUUUUUUCGUCAUUCGUAGUCCGGUUUACCGAAGG